AACGAGACCCAGGGCAAACUUGAGGAAGUGAACCGCACUCUGAACGACUUCGAUGCCGCGAAGAAGAAGCUGUCGAUCGAGAACAGCGACCUGCUGCGCCAACUGGAGGAGGCCGAGUCGCAGGUCAGCCAGCUGUCUAAGAUCAAGAUCUCGCUCACCACACAACUGGAGGAUACGAAGAGGCUCGCGGACGAGGAGUCGCGCGAGCGCGCCACCUUGCUCGGCAAGUUCCGCAAUCUGGAGCACGAUCUGGACAACAUCCGCGAACAAGUGGAGGAGGAGGCCGAGGGUAAGGCCGAUCUUCAGCGUCAGCUCAGCAAGGCGAACGCCGAGGCGCAGCUCUGGCGCACGAAGUACGAGUCCGAGGGCGUGGCCCGGGCUGAGGAGCUUGAGGAGGCGAAGAGAAAGCUGCAAGCCAGGCUGGCCGAGGCCGAGGAGACCAUCGAGUCUCUCAACCAGAAGGUCAUCGCUCUGGAAAAGACCAAGCAACGGCUGUCCACCGAGGUGGAGGAUCUGCAAAUCGAAGUGGAUCGCGCCACCGCCAUCGCCAACGCUGCCGAAAAGAAACAGAAGGCCUUCGACAAGAUCAUCGGGGAAUGGAAGCUCAAGGUCGACGAUCUCGCCGCCGAGCUGGAUGCUAGUCAGAAGGAAUGCCGUAACUACAGUACCGAGCUCUUCAGGCUCAGAG